CCUCUGCAGCCGGUAAGUGAAGGGGAGACUAUUGGAGGUCUGCGCGGAAACAUUUUAACAAUCGAUCUUCUAUCUAAAGUCGUUUUGGAUCCACACCGACAUAUACUUUAUGUGAAGACAGUUGUUUUGCACAUAUAAUAAUUAAUGGAUUCGCUGUUUUUUUAGAUUUUUUUUGUGAAAUUCUCAUUGACCUUAGCAACUGUUGUCUCUCUUUUUUUUUAGAGACAAAACCAGGUGACUCGUCUUCAGUUGAUGUAUCAGUGAACACAUUAAACCAAUAUGUACGCCUGUGCGAAGUUCGUCACUACACCUGCACUGGUCCGUUCUGGAUCCAGGGCCUUAUACAGACCCCUCUCUGCGUCUGUCCUUUCCCGACCGGAUGUCAGAACAGGAGAGGCUAGUACUACCCUUGUGCCACAGAGCACCUUUUUCCAAGUAGCACUGAGGAGUUUCCAGACUAGCGCUGUGAGCAGAGACAUUGACACAGCAGCCAAGUUCAUUGGCGCUGGAGCUGCCACAGUUGGAGUGGCCGGUUCUGGUGCUGGAAUCGGGACUGUGUUCGGCAGCCUUAUCAUCGGAUAUGCAAGGAACCCCUCCCUAAAACAGCAGCUUUUCUCUUAUGCUAUCCUGGGAUUUGCCCUGUCUGAAGCCAUGGGUCUGUUCUGCUUGAUGGUUGCUUUCCUGAUCCUGUUUGCCAUGUAAAUAUAUCUUCUGCUGAUGGUGAUCAUGAUUUUGAAACUACAGCUGUGAUUACCUAUUUUACUCGAGCAACCAAAAUUGUUCCGUGUUGGUCAUGAAAUUGUACAUUUUCCAAGUUUUUGUUGAAGGAUAACAAAACCAAAAGGCAUGUAUUGUAAAGAUGUUACCAAUUACAGAAUAAAAAUGCAUGUAUUUCACUA